AUGAGACCGCGGUGGUGGAGGCGUUGUCAUACGUGUGAUUCGGUUCAACCCGGGAAACCGUGUUUUAAACCCGAUUCGGUGGUGGGUCAUGCUAGUUUUGCGUUUAGUUCUUAUUGGGCACAGUUUAGACAUGUGGGUGGAACUUGUAAUUUCAACGGUCUUGCCACCCAAACUGCAAAGGAUCCAAGUUAUGGAUCUUGCAAGUACCCAAGUGUGACACUUUGA